AUGUCGCCAUCAGAGAUACUUCAAGUGUCUGAGGGAGGUCCAGCGCAUCAGUCAGGAGAACGCAUUGGAGCAACGCACCAGUCAGGAGAACGCGUUGGAGCAGCAGACCAGUCGGAAGAAUGCAUUGGAGCACCACAUCAGCCUGAAACGGAGAUCAAGGCGAGCAACGAGCACGACCUACACAACGGAAAGGUUUCACAUCAGCAAGCGCGGCCAGUCGAGGAGGCAGAUACAGACCCAGCCAUCGAUCACUUCUCAGAACUUCCAGCGGAGCUCAUAUGGGCGGUCGCCAGCCAUCUCAAUCUUUCAGACAAAAUCCAGCUUCGCGCUGUCCUCAGUAAGGACCAUCAGACUUUCGUCGAUGACAUCCUGAAGAGCGAUAUGAAACGCGUCUACGUCUCGCCAACAACACGCUCACUCCGCACGUUCAGAAAAAUUUGCAAGAGCGCGUACUUCCAGCAGUUCAUCCAGGAGGUCUUCUUCGUUGCCCAGGCAUGGGGAGAUGUUGACAAUAGAAUUGACUUGGACGCUGUCAAGACAGGCUGCGACGCUUUGCGGAAAGAGGACGCCAGUGUUGAGAGAAACAUAGAUUUCUACUCGCGGCACGAAGGUCCAGUGGAGCCAGAGAUAGUAACAACUAUUGAGGAGCUUCGACCGCAGGUGUACAUCGGAGGACCUCAUGACAUGCAGUGGAUUGACCCGGAAACACAUCAGCAAGCUGUGGAAGAGCUGCGUCAGGGGAUGUCGCGCUUGACGAGGUUGGAAAGUGUCGUGAUGGGACAGGAGAUAUCGGGACCUGGACUGAACGACUGCUGGCUCUCUCACGGAAGACAAUGGUUCAAAUCUCACUGGCAUCGCCGACCAAUUUUCAGCGACAAAAACUCGCAGCUGUUCUACGACUGCUUCGCACAGAGAAUUUGCUCAUCCACUAUAGAAGGCACAUCGGCAUUUCUUGAAGCUGUGGCGGGCCUGGACAAAAAGCCAUCGUCGAUUGGUAUUGGCACAUCUGAGCAUAAUGAUUCUUUGCCAUUCUUCUUGCAUCCGAAGCUCGAGGCACCAGUGGAGGCUCUAGAUGUGAUCGGUCCAAAUCUGGUUCGUCUCAGUCUCCACAUCUCUACGGAUACGCUCAAUGAAGAUGACGGGACAGGCUUCCAUAUCUGGCAAACCCUGAGCGAGAGGGCCAAAAACCUUGAAGUGCUCAGCAUCUCGAACAUUUUCUGGCCGCUCAAAGAAAGCUAUGCCCAUCAAAGUGGCGAUGCGUGCAAGCGUGCAGUCGACAUCAUCCUGGAGCACGGCAAUUUCCCCAAGCUGCGCGAGCUCACCCUGACGGGCAAGGUGGGCCCGCUGUCCGAUUUCCUCGACGCCGAAAAGCUCCUGCCGUUUCUCCGGAGACACCGGAGCACACUGCAAAGCGUGUCUCUGGACCGCCUCUGCUUGCUGGCGCGAUCAAAGCUGCCAGAGAUCGCGCCCGUGAUGGAGUCCUCGCUGCGGACGAUCAGAGCAGAGAUGGGACAACAGCUGGUGAAAUUCCAGCUCAAUAUCGUUAGCCGAACCCACAAUGGCAAGGGAAGGUGUCUGGGGUCGGAAAUCGGUGAGGACGGCGUACGGCAGUGUCAUCGGACCUGCCAGGAGUACGAUUUCGAGUGCUUCUGGGUGGAUCGUGCCGUGUUCGAGGCACUGGCAGGUCAGAUGGGCGCCGUCCUCACCGAAGAUGGGGAUGGAGAAGAGGUUUGGCAAUUCGGUGAGUACGUUUUGCGGCGUUAG